ACUGUUGCUGCCCCGUGCGGCUCUUCUGCUGUACCAGCACUCUUCCUUCUUGCUUUAUGAGGAGUCCCAUUUUGUUUGAAGUUGGCAAUAAACUAGAGCUUUAUGCACACUGUACUAAUGAGUUACACCCCACCCACCCGGAGGGGAAAAUGCACAAUGGGUGGAUUCCGGACCUCUGCAUCUGGCAAGCCAUCCAAUCAGAAGAGCCCCCCGUCUCCUCUGCAGCACUUAUGGACACUGAUGUACAGCCGGGGAUGAGAUCAGAACCGUGAAGAUGCAGCUACAGAAGUCAGAGAUGGUUCCCCUGGCUUCCUCGUUGAGAACAGUCUGCUGCCUGUUGUUAAUGCCAGGGUUCUUGGGAGCAAAAUCUCUGAUGAAAGCAAAAAUCUCUGAUGGAAAUCUUGUCAGGAUUGGCUCUGCUGAAGCAAAUGAUUUCCUGACGAACUCUCGACUGAAACGGAACGUUGAUCCGAAAUGGUACAGAAAGGACCCUGACUUCCAGUCCUACUACCGCUUCUACAACAGCAUUGGACACACCGAAGGACUUUAUGAGAUUGACCGGAUCAGGAUAUUGUAUCAGCAGAUGCGUCACCUGGAGCUGAGCAAUGACCCCGACGCGGCCAUCUACCAAAACAAAAUGGGUGUUAUCGCCAGCACCGCAGGACCGACUGCGACAGCCCGUCGUCCUGCAUCACCCGCCGCCCCUGCUCCCGCGCCAGACCCACUGGACGACGCUCAGAAGAUCUACCUGUGCAACCCCAAGGACCCUCUGUGCAAACCUCAGAUUGUCUACCUGCCGACGGGAGCCGUCCCCAUACUCUGUGACCCCAGGUUCAACCCCGCGUGCAGGCCCAAAACAGAAAAGGAGGUCGAAUCUGCUGCUCCGCCCAAACCCACCCCGGCCGCUCCUGCUCCUGGAGAGCCUCACCCACCUGCCGCUCCUCCGUCCGUAGUGAAAGGGACGGAGUCUGACUGUGACCCGUACUGGGAUCCAGACUGCCUCGUCGACCAGCGUCGCCGUCCUGAACAGGAAGGAUCAUCUCCAGCAGCAUCCGGAGACAAACUGGAGCCAGAGGAGGAGACAACAGAUGAAGGGGAUGUCCCUGUGUUUUCAACUGCAGCCAAAAACAAAAGCCCCUACCCUUAUUUUGACCCUUAUGACUUCAAUCGGGACCUGUUUGACCCCUUUCGUUAUGCUGAGCCGGCUCCCAAUCCGCAGUAAAAACAAUGCUAUCCAGGAAAAGACGAUGAAUUAAUCCAUAACUAGACCAAAGCGAGAGUAGAAUUCAAUAAUGUGAGUUAUAGGUACAAAUUUUACAAAUAUGAAUAUACAGUACCUGUACCAUGUGUGACAAAUGCUCAAAAACAUUUUCAUAUGUAAAAACAAAUAAAAAAAAAUAGCUAGUGGAUCAAUGCCUUUACAGGAGUAUUGAUUUCUAUUCAUAAAAAAAAAAAACAUCCCUCGAUAUUUACAGAAUCUGAAUUAAAGAAUCUCUAGACAGGACAGUUAUUAGUUGUUCCCUGAACAUAAAAGGGGCAAAGGAAAAGC